CGCCAGGUGCUAGGUAUAACCCCAACACCCAUCUUACGUCUAUCACCUUCUUGAAUCUAGUCGUAAUAGAUCCGCACACACUGAAACUAACAUCUUUAAGUUCAUUGGUUUCAACAUUCGAGACUACAACUACUAGACCAAAUUUGUACAGGCGAUACUCCAAUAUUCUCUUCUUCGAUCUAUCAUAACUUCAUUUUGUUCAAAUUGCCACCCUAAUGUGUGCCAUAUAUGGUCCUCUAGCUAAGUGGUGUCUGUGUUGAAGUAGAAACUUUUACUUCUCUACGUGAAUUGUUGAGCUUCUCUUUUUUAUCUGUUUUCUUCGCCAGCUUUCGGCUAGGGCACUGUUGUGCUUCAUUAGGCUAACUCACCUGAUUUUCGCUCCCAUGAAUGGUGUAUUUGAGAUUGUGGAUUGAAUUCCAUGCAAUCGUUAGCACAAGACCUCAAAGUAGUACCAAACUAUGGUUAACCAACUUGGAAUUAGGAACCCGAGAGAAGUUGGAUGAGUGAGAGAGAUGAAGGGUGGAUGCAUAGUGAGAUGUAACGCGGUCACCAUCCUAAUUUUCAUUGGGGUGUUCUAAUUAGUUAACGGUUGUUGAAUUAGAAAUUUUCCGAUUCACAAUCGUUGGAUGCCCGCAAUCAAUAAUAGUUAAUUUUCAUUGCGUGCAUCCAAAACUAAGAUUCUAACAAUUAUGAACAUUAUAACCUCAAAGAGUAUUACUGUAUUAGAAUUGCAGUAGAAUUAGGUUACAUGAUGGUAGGGUUAGCUUUAGAAAAUUUUCCAACUUGAGGUGGAAGGAAGGAAGGAAGGAAAGCAUAUAGGGAUGAGAAUGAGAUUUAUUAUCUCGAGAGGGAGAGCGCAUGGGCGCGGGGAUCCCACCUUACCCAUAAUCGAUGCCCCUCGUGCGUGCUCUCUUCCUUAUCAAUGGCGGCUCCCUCCAUUCUUCUUCAUCAUUAAUGGCAUGCUGCCAAAAAAACAACACACCCUGUACAAUAGCACACCUAGCUCCCUCUAAUGCAAAUCUAAUCAACAAACCAAGUAUGAUUACUUCCUAAUCCCUAUACUUACUUUCUUCAUAAACCCAUUUAAUUAGGAGCAAUAUGGACAAGAGUAUGUCUGCAAAUGAUCAUGAACAAAAUCCAGUAAUGAGUCAGUUACUUACCUUGAUCCAUCCACUUAUACGGAAUAACAAAAGUAGCGAAUGCGUAUUUGUAUGAGUCGUGGUAGCUUUCAUCUUGUCGAUUAUGUAUACGGUUGCCAUUGUCAAAUAUGUUUGAUUGACAGGAUGAUGGUAUUUGGCAAGAUCAUCACCAUUCCCUCCUAAUAACUAAUCUAAUCUCAUCCCACCUUUCACUUUGAACACUUUUCCCCUCUCUUGAUGAUCAUAGUUUAGUAAAAAUAGCCCCUCCAUAGUGCGAUUGGGGGUUGUCUUGUCAGCCAAGAAGCAAAAGCAAGAGAUAAAAGAAAAAAAGGGUGGCCAUGGAAUGUAUAUAGAAGAGAGAAGAAAAGGAAGAAGAAUGUGGGAGACAACCCAAAAACACAUUUGAAAGGGCUAUUACUAGUUUGACAGAAAGAGGACCCUUUCUUUUCUGUCCCCACCACAUUGACCCUCUUCUCCCUCGCAAUUCCACUUCACAGUGAGGCUUUGCAGUAGCCAUUGCCAAAUCCUGUGUGUAUUUAUACCCAUCAGCCACCUUCAUUGCUCUCCACACUUACACACCAAUUCUCUUCCCCACCCUCCCUUUUGCUCAUCACCUUCCACCAAUCUUCAACCAUGGCUGACAAUGGCGGCUCAGGUGGGAGUGGUGGCUCUGGAGGCAGAAUGUGGUGCUCGGUGCCUGAAAAGAUGCAACUGCACUUGGCCAUGUUGGCCUUGCAGUUUGGUUAUGCUGGCUUCCAUGUCGUCUCCAGAGCUGCCCUUAAUAUGGGCAUCAGCAUGCUGGUUUUCCCUGUCUACAGAAACAUCAUCGCCCUGCUUCUACUCCUUCCCUUUGCUUACUUCCUUGAGAAGAAGGAAAGACCAGCCAUCACCCUCAACUUCCUAGUUCAGUUCUUCUUCCUGGCUCUUAUUGGUAUCACUGCAAACCAAGGCUUCUACUUGUUGGGUCUGAACAACACUUCCCCAACCUUCGCCUCCGCCAUCCAGAACUCCGUCCCGGCGAUCACCUUCCUCAUGGCCGCCAUUCUCCGAAUCGAAAAAGUACGAUUCGACAGAAAAGACGGGAUCUCGAAGGCCCUAGGGACCCUCUGCUGCGUCGCCGGAGCCACCGUCAUCACUCUCUACAAGGGUCCGGCGAUCUACACCCCAACUCCGCCGCUAACGAACCUGCUCGCUUCCUCUGCCUCCGCCGCCACCUCAUCCGUGCCCAGCUACGUCUCGAAGCUGGGAGACGAGGCCGACAGCGGGAACUGGACACUGGGUUGCAUCUUCCUAAUCGGCCACUGCCUUUCCUGGUCUGGCUGGCUCGUCUUGCAGGCCCCGAUCCUGAAGAAAUACCCCGCCAGACUCUCCGUCACUUCCUACACUUGCUUCUUCGGCCUCCUCCAGUUCCUGGUCAUCGCGGGCAUCGUCGAGCGCGACUCCCAGGCCUGGGUCUUCCACUCCGGCGGCGAACUCUUCACCAUCCUCUACGCGGGAGUGGUGGCAUCUGGGAUCGCGUUUGCUGUCCAGAUAUGGUGCAUUGACAGAGGGGGCCCUGUGUUUGUGGCCGUGUAUCAGCCUGUUCAGACCCUUAUCGUCGCCAUUAUGGCCUCCCUUGCUCUCGGCGAGGAGUUCUUCCUCGGAGGGAUUAUUGGGGCAGUGCUGAUCAUAAUCGGAUUGUACCUCGUGUUGUGGGGCAAGAACGAAGAGAGGAAGUUUGCGAACCUUGAGAAGGCUGCGAUCCAGUCAGGGCAGGACCAGGGAAGCAACAACAACGGCAGCGGCAGGAUCCACGGCCACGUCAAGUCUGGUCUCAGUCAGCCGCUGCUGCCUCCGUCGGAGAACGUUUGACCAUUUCCUUCUCUGGUUAACUACAUGCCUGGGCCUGGGCUGAAGGAAAGAUGAGCAGAUUUCAACGAGGCCCAAAAGAGAAAUGGAAGGGGAAAAAAUUGGAAGAAAAUAUGUUCUACUAAACAAGGCCUUGUUUGUGUUGUGUGUGAAUGAAAGCUCUUUAUUUUGGGUUUCUGUUGGGGUUUGUGGUAGUAAGUAGCUAUAUAGGAGAUUUUGAGGACUAGGGAGGGAUGGAUAUGGAAAUUUGGGUACUAGGGUGGGUUUAUGUCGUUGUUGUAGAAUGUCGAAUUUCCAGUUUGGUUCUUGCCCUCUCUUGGUGCCCGCCAUGCUUUGCAUGUUUAACUUAUAUAUAUGAUAUGGUUUGCUUUCAUUAAUGGGACAUAUGAUUGAGCAAAGCAAUUAGAUGCUAAUAACUGGUUACAUUUAUAAUUAUAAGGAUAUAUGUAUCGAUAAUAAUGCCUAGUUAGUUAAUAUACAUCAUCAAGUAUCCAAUUACAAAUAAUAAGUGUAUUGUGGUAUGUGGAUGACCAUGAAGUAGGUUUAAGGUGGAUAUAUGAUGAUCUUCAUUCCCGGAUCCGAAACUUCUACCGUUUUCAUCUUGUGUAGUCAAAAUUUUAUGUUACUCAUCCUUGUUGCAACUUGUUUCUAUGUACCUAGCCGGUGAAUAUAAUCGAAUACAUGUUAAUUUUUUAUUGUGUUUAUCAAAUUCGAGUUAAUCUACGUAUGAUUUUCUUUUGAUCUAUAGGGAUAAACGUGCUUAAGAAAGUAGGGGGUGAGAAAAUGGUUGCAGUUUUGCGGUUAAACCGAAAUUGCACCUAAUAAGCGCGGUUUGAGGUUAAUAUAUAGAUAACUAUUUAAGUGAGGUCUUAUUCGAUCGCGACUAGUAGGACAUGUCAUUUUACGGUUUGUGAACUAACCGCAAACAAUAAAUACAUAACCGAAUAACUAACCGCAAUUUCACUAAAUUAUAGAAUAUUUGACUCGAAGAAAUGCUUCAUGUUGAUGAUCUAUGCUGGUUUUCCUCUUGCAAAGUGAUUCUUUUGCAUUUGGACCCACGUUUUCCUUUCCCCCCAACAAUAGACUGAACAAAACAAAUGUCUCAAUGGAAUUGUUUUUCUUUCCAUUGAUUUGCUUUAUUUGCUAAAGAAGGCCAAGCAUGCUAUAUUUUUAUGCAUCUUUGAUAAUCAUUGCUCUUUCCCAAAUAACAUAAUUCUGGUCGGCUACUUGUUUCUCAUUCCCAUUUUUCACCCAUUUUUCUGUUUCAUCAACCACCACUGCUCAUAUGUUUAUAUGUGUUUAAAGUAAGGUUAUUAAACCGAUUAAGUCAAUCGGUCGAAUUUGGAUUAACUCAAUGGACAUGAGCAAAUGUGUGAUGAAAGAAGCAGAGGGAUGACCCGGGCCGUGAUGGAGAAGAGCACAGAGAGAGAGAGGAAGGAUUUGGCUGAUUCGGUCGCUCGACCAGUCCAUCAAAAUCAAAUGAUUCUAUAAUUGAUUUCGAUAGAAUUCAACCAGUCCAUCAAAAACCAAUAAGAUGGUCAGAUAAGG